AUGAGAUAUAAUUCUUUCAUUUUAUCAACUACAUUAGCUUCAAUCGCUUUGAAUAUACCCAAUGUCAAUGCAGCAACUAUUAUAGCGUCAGAAUCUUUAAAUGUACCAAUUGUUUCAGCUUCAGAAGGUGCUACAGCUACUUUACAAGUUCAACCAAUUGCUGAAACAGUACAAGCACAAUCUUUAGCAGAAACUUUACAAGCACAAGCUCAAUCAAUUGUUGGUACUCCUACAACUUCAUUAGCUGCAACAACAACUGGGGGAUCAUUUCUUGGUGGUUUAAUUGGUGAUAUAUUUGGAGGUAACGAUGCUUCAACUUCCGCUGCAAUUUUAGCUACAACUCAAGCUACAUUAUUAGCAUCAAGUCCAUUAGGUACUGCUACAACUACUUCACAAGGUUUUAUUGGUGGUUUAAUAGAUGAUUUUUUUGGAGAUGGUUCAACUACAGCUACAACUUUAGCUGAAACAGCACCAGUUGAAACUCAAGCUGCUGCUACAACUACUAGUGGUGAUUUAUUGUCUAAUUUAUUUGAUUCAUACUUUGGCAGUUCUGUUGAUUCAGCUGCAACAACUACUCAAUCGAGCUCUACAUCAACCGGUGGCUCUAUACUCGGUGAUAUAUUUGAUGAAUUUUUUGGUAGUUCAGGUAAUUCAAAUUUAACAAGUACUGAUACUCAAACUAGUUCAAGUUCAACUUCAGGAGAUUUUAUUGAUAGUAUUAUAAAUGAAUUUUUUUCACCAUCAAAUUCUUCAUCAUCAACUUCUUCAGGAAGUGGUAGUGGAGAUUUCUUAACUGAAAUAUUAGAUUUCGGAGUUGAAGCAGUAGAAGAUUUAUUUAGUGGCACUUCAGGUAGUGGAUUAUUAACUUCAAUCUUGGGUUUUGCAGGUGAAAUAUUUGAUGAUUUAUUUAGUAGUUUUGCAUCAGAUUCAACAUCAUCAAGUGGUUCAUCAGGUAGUUUUUUCAGUGAUUUAAUAAGUUCAAUAUUCGGUGGUUCUUCCACUUCUACAACUGGUUCAAGUGCUUCUGGAUCAGAUUUAAUUUCAGAUGUAUUUACAACAUUAUUCACUUCAAUUUUUGGAGGUUCAAACGGUUCAAGUGUUGGUCAAUGUAGUAAUCCAAAAAGAUUUAUGAAAAGAUCAACAACAGAUAAGAUGGAAAUUAGAAGAUUGGUAAGAAAAAGUGUUAACAAAAUUAUAGCUAAAAGACAAGAAGAAUUUAAUAAAAAGAGAGAACUUUUAGAAAAAAGAGCUGAACCAAUUGCUGAUUUACCUUACCCUGGUUUAAAUUAA